GAGGACAGGAAGGGGCGCGACAACAAGAAGGCGAAAAGGGGCGGCAAGAAGGACCGAGAGGACAAGAGGUCUUCGAAGAAGGCCGCGGGCGCCAGGGAGAGGCAGAAGAAGACGAGGCGGCGCUCCAAACGCAGGCAGUCCUCCUCCGACUCUGAGGCCGCCGCCAGCGGCGACAGCGGGUCCCGGCGCUCCCCGGCAGGAGGCGAAGGCGGCCGCCGAGCGCGCCGUGCAGGAGGCGCGCACGAAGGCCAACGCGGACGUCGCGGCCGCCGUGCGCGAGGCGGAGGCCGCGGCGCAGAAGGAGGCGCGCGGGGCCUCCGCUCGGGCGGGGGGGCUCAGUCAGGGACAACCACGGGGGGGCUUCGAGGUUGUGCGGUUCGAGGGGUCGUUGUGGUAG